GAGGCGGCGACAGGCAGGUCUCUGCCUCUUUCGGUGCGGAGGAGGUUUGCGGGCGCCGCACGGAGGACGGCGUGGAGGCGCGGCCUGCCUCCCUCCACAGCCAGCGGCGCGCCCGCUCGGCCGACCCGCGGGGAACUGGGGCCCGGCGAGCUCGCUGCGCAGGCUUCCUGGGAGUUACUGAUUAUCUUUGAAGAAUCAUGAAGUCACCCUCGGUUGUUAUGCUUACUCUCACCAUCCUGGUGUUCCUGACAUGGGUCCCUAUGUCACUGAGUUGUAACAAAGCGCUCUGUGCCAGUGAUGUGAGCAAAUGCCUCAUUCAGGAGCUCUGCCAGUGCCGCCCUGGAGAAGGAAACUGCUCCUGCUGUAAGGAGUGCAUGCUGUGUCUUGGGACCCUCUGGGAUGAGUGCUGUGACUGUGUUGGCAUGUGUAAUCCUCGCAACUAUAGCGACACGCCACCAACUUCGAAGAGCACGGUGGAGGAGCUUCACGAGCCCAUCCCUUCCCUCUUCCGCGCGCUCACGGAAGGAGACACCCAGCUGAACUGGAACAUCGUCUCCUUCCCUGUUGCAGAAGAGCUCUCACAUCACGAGAACCUGGUUUCAUUUUUGGAAACCGUGAACCAACCCCACCACCAAAACGUGUCUGUUCCCAGUAACAACGUUCAUGCUCCGUAUUCUAGUGACAAAGAACACAUGUGUACUGUGGUUUACUUUGAUGACUGCAUGUCCAUACAUCAAUGUAAAAUAUCCUGCGAGUCCAUGGGUGCUUCCAAGUAUCGCUGGUUCCAUAAUGCCUGCUGCGAGUGCAUCGGUCCAGAGUGUAUCGACUAUGGUAGCAAAACUGUCAAAUGUAUGAACUGCAUGUUUUAAGGAAGGAGAAGAUGUAUAGACAGAAGCAGUUUCGUCAGAGGUGUGAUAUGGAAAGCUAUUCAGCAAUGUCUACUGGUUGCAUCCAAAUGCAGCAGGUUGAGAAGAUGUAAAGAGUUUGGACUGAGUUACUUUUAAAGUCUGACAAAUCGAGGAUUGUGCUGACUUCCAAUUCUAAUUGCUCUUCCUGCCUGCUGCUGGUGGGAGCCCUUUCUUCUAAACACCUACAGCCUUGGUCAUGUGAGAAGCAAGUGCAUAGAGAAUGCCUGCAGAGAGGAGAGGCUUCUAACACAAAGCCUCCUGUCAUUUUCUGCCACAUUCCAGAAGCCUCUUGUGUCAAAGGUUUAGAGCAUUUUAAUGAGUUAUGAUUUCUUCACUGUACUACUCCUGGGACACUGAGUUUUUAGAGUUGUUUGCCAUUUUCCACUGUGCCUGGUAUUAUUUAUCUGUUCUGUGCGUAUGAUAGAUAUUCAUAUAGAUCAUUCUGAGAUCUCACCAAAAGAUCACCAUAAAAGUUUAGUUCUGUGCGUAUGAUAGAUGUUCACAUAGAUCAUUCUGAGAUCUCACCAAAAGAUCACCAUAAAAGUUUAAUUUGAAACCUCUUUACAUUGGUUUUUGAAGGUAAACGUUUACUGUAUUUUACAAUGUAGAACUCUCUGGAGCACUCAGUCCUGCACUCCACAUACGACAAAGCUGUAGGGAGAGUCUCUCCUCCUCCAGCCCAGGCCCAGAGUGCUGGUGUGGGUCAUAUGAAGCAUCUUUACAAGAAUUGCCUGGCACACCUGAGGCUUUGUGAAGAGCACGGCUCGGUAAACAGGAAGGGAGAGCUUUUUCUGACUUAAGGUGCCAGCAUAAAGAGCUCCAGGAAUGGGAACCCACUGCCACCUGGACUCCAGGGACACGGCGCCCCUUGUGUGGAGAUGGCAGUGCUGUGCUCGCUGGACGGGGGAGUGAGCCUGCUCAGGCUUAGAGCCACGUCCUGCAGUGGACGGGUGGUCAGAGGGGACAGAGCAGAGAAUCCAGGUAUGAACGGGGAGGGUUGAAAAUGGGGAUUCUAACAGAAACAAACUUAAAACUAUUUACAUUCAUUAUUUUGUUAUUUUGUAACCUUUCCUUUAGGUUUGUAUCUGAAUCAAGUGUUCUCCUUAAACAAAGGAAAUCACACAGUAGGAGGUUAAGAUUAUGAACUGCUACCUGCUCCCCCCACCCCCAGAUAAUUCUGUUCAAGAUGACAUUAACUCUAAAUACACUACAGAACAUUGUGUCAAUGAAGAUAAGUUUCAACAGUAUGUGCCCUUCUUGGUAGUGAAAUCUUGGUCUUCAAGGGUGAAACUGAAACAUACAUGUUUAUGUUCUCUUAGCUUUACAAAAUUAUUAAUUUCUCAAAUAGUAUAUAUUUGAAUUAUAAAUAACUUUCUAGGAAUACCUCUUUGUAUAUCUAAAUAUUUUAGUAUAUAAAAAUAGAUAAUGCUUUUUGUAUUCAUUAUCCGAACAGUAGUUACAAGAUCACAUGUGAUAUUAUGAUUAACUUUCCUAAAAUAUAAAGACUUGAUACCUUUUCUCUCAGAUAACUCUAAUGAACACUCAAGGUACUUUAGCCUUUUAAAAAGUUGAAAUUUAGCUCAUGGAUGUAUUUUUCAGAUGGGAAAACAUUGGGAUGUCUUCUUACUUUUACCUAGAAUGCCUCUGUUUACAAGUGCCUUGAAAACAAACAUUAGCUCCCGUUCUUCACUAAUAACUAUAAAACCGAAGGUUUUCUUGAACUUAAGAGAGAAAAUUUUAAAGAUAUCUGCAGCCAGCUGCUUCAUUUCCACUUUACUGUUUUUCAGAAUCAUUUAUACCUAGGAAUAGAGGAAUGUUUUUGUGUUUAUUGACAACAUGCUUAAUUUUCCAUAAAUAUGUCAGCAAGCUUUUUUUUUUAACUGCAUUUAUCUUCCUUUUUUGGUGUUCAUUAUUAAACUCUAAAAUAUAUAUCACUUAUUGGAAGAAUAAUUUCUUGAACCAUGUUGUGUUUUAACUGAUUUUUCUUAUCACUAUUUCUCCCAAUAGAAAUUAUCCCUAAAUAUAAUGGUAAGUUUUACAUUCAAAUUUACCUAACUUUCUGAUUUAUGAAGGAGUUAAAGCAUUCACCUAAACAAUUCCAUUUCCAAUUCUAUAAUGUAUUUCAGGUUUUAAACAAUAGUUUUCCAAAUUAAAAGUAUAGCAUUUGGGAAACUGAUAGCUCUACUAUAAUUUAUACCAUCUAUUAUCAUUCUAAGCACAAUUCACUUCUAUAUUAAAGCUCUGGUUUAAAAAAAAAUAAAAAAUCAUUUUGUGACCUUUUUUAUAACUAGAUCCAAAAAAAUUAAAUCUUAAACCAGUAGGUGUUCUAAAAGUCAUAUAUAAAAGUUUCUGUCCUUUAGUAAGACAUGUCUGUGCUUUUCUGCCCCCCCAUAACAUCUAAUUAUUACUAAGACUGUGCUCACAACAGUAGUACCAAAUCAAAUGAUAAUCCAAGUACAGUAAGAUACAUAGAUGCUAUAAAAGAGAGUCAUUCAUUUAGAAAUAUGAUUUCUAAAGUUUCAGAAAGCAAACUCGAUAAAAUGUUAGGAUAUUUGAAUAACUUUAUUAAUAGAAUAGCAUCACAAUAGAGAAAAGAAGCCAAGACAUCUGGAAAAUGAGGUAAAUAUAAAAAGCCACAUAUUUAAAGUUUGUUUUUAAUGAAAUCUUCAUUGAAGAUUUUUAAAAUCUAUUCUGCUUUCCCAAGAGUUUAUGUUUAUUGUAUUUUACAUAUAAAAUUAUGUAUUUUUUCCUUUGGUUGUCCCUAUGAACAAAAAAGUAUUUUAAUAAAAAAUUGAAAUGAG